AUGCUGGUGGCGGUCAGCGCUGCACGCUCCGCACAGACUACCGUCGUACAGAUGCAGUUAGAGUACAACGAAGAGUACGUGUUGCAACUCAACGAUACCGUCGAGUACAUUCUGGACUUCACGCCGCCAGCAACGACAGAGACGGAGGCAGGCAGUUCGUGGCCCACUGUGCUGCGCGUCAACAGUUCCGGCGGUGACUUGGCGCAGCCAGUACUGCUUACUUCGCGUCUACGAGCCGGUGCGAUCACAUGGCAGCUGCCAUACGAGUCGGACUCCAUCACUCACUUCGAGCUGGAACGCACGCUUUGCCCAGAUGACACGGCGGAACUUGAUCCCAACUCCGACUGUGGUGCGAGACCUGGUGGGUCAGCGGGUCGUGGUGCGUUCUCACUGCAUGUAACAUCAUCGUGCGGAGCGCUGCUGCUGCACUUGGAGGCACGCUGGCCUCAACACUGGCGCCUGCCCUUCCUCACACCGGUCCACCUCGCCGCCACCCAGAUAUCGCCGCGCGUGUUUCACUAUCAGUUCGAGGAAGGACAGCAAAGCGUGCGUCUCGUAGUAGAAUCCGAUGAUGACAUAUGCGCCUCCAUUUCAAUACAGAAUUACUCGUGCCCGAUCGCACAGACGCCGACCGAGAUAAGCAAUACGGGGCUUCGGAUGACAGUACUGCGAUCCGGUGCCGUACAUUUAUCGCGGAGGCGCUACCCGCGUGGGUUCCUAGUGGUUGCAGUGGUGCUGGCGAGACAAGAAGCAUGUGGUGAGGUGGGGACUGACGACUCCGCCUGGCUGUGGGCCGCCGCAGUGCUGGGUGAACAGCCAGCUCACCAGGUGUCACAACCGCGCACCAAGUUACUCACCUUCACAGUAGAGGCAUCGCUGAGCCGCACGCAGUACGCGGUGGCGAUCGGCAGCACGACGGCGCUGUUCUUGGCGUUCUAUGUGGCGUUCGGGGUGCUCGUGCUGGCGCAACGCUGGCCGCCCUUCCUUAACCUCGUGCGACCCGCCGCCGUGCUCGUCGACACCUCGGUUAUAGAAGAAGCUGUACCAACUCAAAAUAACGGAGAUCCAGCCACUAGCACGCCGACUCAUCGACGUCGAGUCUCAAACGUCACUUUCGACAGCAGCGACGGUAGCUCUUCCGAGGAGGAGUUGGACCCUGCCCCCGCCUCCCCCAUCUCCCCUGUCUCCCAUGCCGCUCCCACCAUACCCGCUGCCCUCGGCGCCCCCGAUCCCUCCGCCUCGCCUGCACCAUCGCCGCACGCCAAUGGAGACACCGCGCCCCCCGACGAACAGCGCGCGGGUCCGUUCGGCCUGCCGGCGCAGCUACGGCUGGCGGCGUUGGCGAGGCGACGCGAGCGCACUUUGCGUGCGCGCUCCGACCGCUACCUGUACACGCUGGUCACCGUUGCCGUCUUCUACGCUCUGCCCGUCGUGCAGUUCGUCGCCGUCAUACAACUCAUGAUGAACGUGUCGGGGUCGCUGGACACGUGCUACUACAACUUCCUGUGCGCGCACCCGGCCGGGCUGCUGCACGACUUCAACCACGUGUUCUCGAACGCGGGCUACCUGCUGCUGGGCGCGCUGUUCCUGCUGCAGGUGCAGCGCCGCCGCGCGCGCCGCCGCCGCCACCCCCGCCACCAGGAUUAUGGCAUCCCGGCGCACUACGGGCUGCUGUCGGCUCUAGGCGCUGCUAUGAUGGUGGUCGCGCUGAUGUCCGCCAGCUACCACGUCUGCCCGAAUCGACUUAACUUCCAAUUCGACACGGCGUUCAUGUACGUGCUGGCGGUGCUGAGCAUGGUGAAGGUGUACCAGUCGCGCCACCCCGACGUCAACGCGCGCGCGCACUCCACCUUCGCCGCGCUCGCCGUGAUCAUCGCCAUCGUGGUAUGGGGCGUGCUGGGUGGCGGCGGGCCGCUGCUGUGGGGCGUGUGGAGCGCGCUGCACGUGGCCACCUUCCUGCUGCUGUCACUGCGCAUCUACUACGUGGGACAGUUCCGACUGGAGAAGGAGAGCGUUGCGGAGGCUGCGCGCGAGAUGCGGCGUAGUGCGCGUCCGCUGUACAGUGCACGCCUUGCGCUACUGCUCCUCGCCAACGCACUCAACUGGAUGCUCGCUGCAUACGGGCUAGUGAGGCAGACGAGCGAUUUCGCGGGACACAUGCUGCAGGUACUGUUGGGCAACACGCUGCUGUACAUGGCGGCGUACCUGGUGCUGAAGCUCGUGCAGGGCGAGCGGCUGCGCUGGUACGCGUGGUGCUGGCUGGCGGGCGCGACGGCCGCCUGGCUGCCUGCGAUCUACUUCUUCCUGGCAGGCUCCGCCGAUUGGGCUGACUCGCCUGCGCGCUCGCGCCUCCACAAUCACCGCUGCAAGGUAAUGCAAUUCUACGACUCACACGACCUGUGGCACAUGCUGUCGGCCGUGGCGCUGUACUUCACGUUCAACGUCAUGCUCACGUGGGAUGACGGACUCUCCGCCGUCAAGAGAUCCGACAUACCGGUCUUCUGA